AUGCAGGCCACUUGCAGGCUAUUUGCAGCCGUAUGCAGUUCCGAUGCCGCGUACAAGCAUGCCUUGGUUUCGGAGUUACCCGUUGCUUGCCUCCUGUACCACUCUGGGCGGGCUGCAAUGGGAUUUCUGAGCCGAUGCGCCACAGUGCGGAAUCCGGCCGCGCUGCUCCGGCUAGGUAUGGUUGCCUUAUUCUGGCUUGGCCACCGUAGAGGUGGUAUACAGACCGUGACCGAGGCAGCAGAGUUGGGAGAUGUGGAGGCCUGCUACCUCUCUGCGAUGCUGCUACUGUCGCUUAACGACAAGGACGAUGAUGAAAUCCGCCGUGGAUUUGCAUUUUUCAAUGUGGUCUGUGAGUCCAGUGCAGUUGAAAGAUACAGAGAGGUGUUCACGCAGGUAUUUGCGGGCCCGUGGUCGGAGAUAAACCCGACGGACCCAACAGAGGCCAUAGCAUGCCGUUUCGGUAGUUGUUCUACCCGCGGAACAAUUGGUAUUGCAAGCGACUUGUCCGGUGUGUCAUGUGUGCAAUGCCUGGCCGAGCACAAGGUGCGAAAUUUCCUCGUGACUGUUUACGUUUAA